GCUUCGGCCAUCACGCCUGAUGAGAGCAGCGCGCAACUUCAGCGCAUCUGAGAAAGAUUCAAUCUACAAUGGGGUUACAGAUGCGCCCAGCUAUGGCGCGCAGCUUAGAUAUGCGACCUACUGUCAACGACUUCCAACAAGAAAAUCAAUGGGUGGCGUUGGCCAGAGCUCACUGGCUUAAAACGAAGGUGCGGAAGGUCAGGCCGGAGGUCAUCAAAAAUGACAUCUGGGAUCCCUUGGUCACAGAAGGCUUCUCCCUUCAUUCUCUGCUGUUGCUAGAGAAUCUUCAUAUUUUAGAGAAAUACCUAUGGCCUACCUAUUCCGAGGACGCCUCGAAUUAUCAUGUUCUGCUGAUUGCUGUGAUUGUGGGCAUAAAACAAAGAGAACAUCUGCCGAUAUGGGAAAACUUUUCCGACCGACCAGAGGACUUUUCGAGCUUAUUCAGGCGUAUCCUUUCAAUGAACCUUGACCAAACACUCCCUACAACAUCUCGGAUAUACCUUCUUUCCUUCGUUAUUAGCGCAUUCCAGUCGUUGGAAAAUCUCCAAAUUCGCAAAGAAUGUGCGCCAUUGGUGUCAAUUGCCAUUUGGCAUAACCUCCACAGCAUCGACGCCCGAACCAAGUUACUUGAGCGCUCGGCAGCUUUGAAACGAGCAUGGAGGGUAUCAACGAAGCGGUACGAUAUGGCCGAUGAGUCCGGGAAAGCCAGAAUUCGAUUUGAGAGAUCUUGGCUAUACUCCAUGCUUCUGGAGUUCUUGCAGCGACUCAACCCACUCGGGGAACUGAGUGAAGACAACGUUAGAUUCUGCGAGAGAUUUAUGGAACUGCUUGUCGACCUAGAAAGCCAGCUUCCAACACGACGAUACGUGAAUACCCUAUUCAAAAAUCUUAAUAUCCUCCCAAUCCUUCGCACCUCGCGCCUUUUUAGAAACGGAAAGAACUCUCUGCUUCGUGACUUUUACCAUCUUCUCAAGCAUUUUGUCGGAUUUUCUAUAGAUGAUCAAUCUGGCGAACAACACUCUCCUCAAGAUGUGUAUGAUAUCCAUUGCCAGGAGCUUGCGCGGCUUCAACGAGUUGCUAUCAAACACUUCAAGGAAAAGUUGACCCUCCUGGCUCUGGCCAAUUAUGGGUCACUUGAAAAGCGUUCUGAACUGGAGACACAUCUAUCUGAAUUAAACGAUACUGAACUGGAAAACUUAUGUUCUGCACUGGGAUUCAGGACUGUGUACCCUGAACAGGCUGGUGUUCAAUCCAAUCGCCAAUUGCUUCUCGAAAUUAUUCUGUCCGCGUUUGAACGUCAACCAUCCUUCCAGGAUACUGCGUCUGAAUUGACCGUUUUCCCCAGCGAAAAGUCACUGUACGAACCAGCAUUAAUUAGAAACGAAGCGUAUGACGGUUCCCGGCCGCUGGCAAUUCCAAAGUUGAAUCUACAGUAUUUAAGCCUGGGGGAUUUCUUGUGGCGAUCCCUCUUGUUAUACCGGGCGGAAUCGUUUUUUGAGAUUAAGAGUGACCUAGAAUCCGUUGUAAAGAGAAUGCUUCCUCGCAUACACCGAGAGACAAAGAAAACGUCUUUCGAAGGCUUUUCACGGAUGGCAAUUCCGAUUUCCAAACCGGCUAUCAUCGACGUAGCAGAACCCAAAGUUGGAAGCUCAAAUCCAGCUUACGUUCGCGCUGAAAUCCUGCUAGAUGUUAGUCGCCUGAAUGACAGCAUUCGUCGAGAGUGGGAAACACUUCGGCCGGACGACGUUAUAUUUUUGCUAGCAGUUGGGUCUAAACUUCCUAUAUCCACUCUCUCCCUUCACUCCGUCAAUAACCUUCCCGAUAUCGGGAUCUUACACGUCCGCUGCGCCCAAAUAGUUCAAGUCCUUGAUGCUAAUGGCCGUAUGAUUCGGGAGCCUCAGGAUGACCAGCACAACGGUUAUUCGCGACAGAGACCCAGUCAGCGAAGACUCAUUGUGAAUCUAGAUGCCAGAGCUUACAGGACAGACUUGGAUUCACGGGGCAAGGAUGACCCCGAUAUUUAUUCGUUGAUAAACUUGGUUGUGCGUCGAAGGGGCCGGGAGAAUAACUUCAAACCGAUUCUGGAGAUUGUGAAGGCGCUAACAAUUGCAGACACACAGCUUCCAUCAUGGUUGCAAGACGUUUUCCUCGGCUAUGGCAACCCACGUAGUGCGAGUUACCCAGAAUUGGGCUUAAAAUUGAAAACGAUUGAUUAUCGAGAUACAUUUCUGGAUUGGCAGCACCUUGUUGAAAGUUUUCCGGGUUGCACCAUUGAGCCAGUGGAAAACAAUAAUUCCAGUUUCGGGCCACCAUAUGUACUGGAAAUCAGAGACAACCCAUCUAAGGGGGAGACUUUAAACCCCUCGAAGAAAAGGAGACGAGAUCGUGCCGAAUCUGUGCAGCCUGCAGCAGCGUCAAUCCGUGCCUCUACGUACAAGCCUAGUAAUCAAGGACCUUACCCUAUGGACGCGCCAAAGUUGAACAAAAUACGAUUUACACCUGCCCAGGUCAAUGCCAUUGUUUCGGGCACUCAGCCGGGGCUUACCAUAGUCGUCGGACCUCCAGGAACUGGAAAAACCGACGUUGCAACACAGAUCAUCAGCAACAUAUACCACAAUUUCCCCAGCGAGCGCACGCUACUGGUGGCACAUAGCAAUCAGGCACUUAAUCAACUUUUCCAGAAAAUUAUUGCCCUAGAUAUUGAUGCACGCCAUCUCCUUCGCCUCGGUCAUGGAGAAGAAGAACUCGAGACUGAAGCCAGUUAUAGCAAAUUUGGCAGGGUUGAAUCGUUCCUAGAAAACAGGGCUGGAUAUCUUGCUGAGGUAGAUCGCCUCGCGGCGUCAAUUGGAGCGGAAGGUGCUCAUGGGAAUUCAUGUGAAACGGCAGGGUACUUCAAUUCAGUAUAUAUCCAACCAGCUUGGACCAAAUUCUGGGAUAAAGCGCGGCUGGAGACCUCAUCGUGCGAAAACAUAAUCCAAUGGUUUCCGUUUCACUCUUUUUUUUCGAAUGCCCCUCAGCCCCUCUUCAAACCAGAUGCAUCAAAGGACGAAAUUCAGGACAUUGCAGCUGGGUGCCAACGCCAUCUUGAUAGAGUAUUUUCUGAGUUAGAAGAUAUUCGCCCAUUUGAAAUCCUACGACAACAACGCGACAAGGCGAAGUACCUUUUGGUCAAGGAAGCGAGGAUCAUAGCAAUGACCUCGACACAUGCCGCUAUGAGACGGCAGGAAAUUGCGAAUCUUGGAUUCCACUAUGAUAAUGUUGUUAUGGAGGAAGCCGCUCAAGUCACCGAAGUCGAAAGCUUCAUUCCGUGCGCGCUACAAAACAGCAAAACCGGCGAGUUGCCCUUGAAGAGGGUGGUUUUGUGCGGCGAUCAUUUGCAAAACUCCCCUAUCGUUCAAAACAUAGCCUUCCGCCAAUAUGCCAAUUUCGAACAGAGUCUCUUCCUCCGACUGGUUAGAUUGGGCGUACCGACUAUCAAUUUAGAUCAACAGGGCCGGGCCCGUCCGUCUAUCGCUGAACUAUUCAAAUGGAGAUACGAGCGGCUAGGGAACCUUCCAACCGUUGAAAAUGGAGCAGAAUUCAAACUUGCCAAUGCAGGUUUCCAGUAUGAUUACCAGUUUAUCAACGUACCCGAUUUUCAAGGAGUUGGUGAAAGGGAGCCAUCCCCACACUUUAUACAAAAUCUCGGCGAAGCUGAAUAUGCUGUGGCAAUCUUUCAAUACAUGCGAUUGCUAGGUUACGCUGCCUCGAAAAUCUCGAUCCUCACCACGUAUGCUGGCCAGAAAGCUUUGGUUAAGGAUGUACUAAAUCAUAGAUGUGCCAAGAACUCUCUUUUUGGUCUCCCCAGAAUAGUGACGACGGUGGACAAGUACCAAGGAGAGCAAAAUGACUACAUAAUCCUUUCUCUCACGCGAACGAAAGCUGUGGGAUAUCUUCGGGACGUCCGGCGCCUCACUGUCGCGCUUUCUCGUGCACGCCUAGGGCUGUACAUUCUGGGCAGACGGGAAGUAUUUGAAUCAUGCUUUGAACUGAAACCGGCUUUUGAUAUCCUUUUUCAACGCCCAGAUAAACUCAUGUUGGUUCCCGGGGAAAUGUUUCCGACUACUAGGGCCCUUGACGCAGAUAUCAGCGGCACUGCCAUGGAAGGUAUCGAACAUCUUGGGCAGUACGUAUACGAAAUGACGCAAGCGAAGGUCAAGGCCAUGGGAGAAGAGGUGACUGUUAUGGACACAGCUCCAAUGGAUGAGGACGGGGCAUUAAUGAGAGACGGAGUCGAGGAAUUUGAGAAUGAUGCGGCCCGGGAAUCUCUCUUGGAAUGAUCCUAGUGGAGAAAAGGAAUGAAUAAUAUAUGCAUUUGAGGGAAGCUGUGUAUUUUGUAUGAUAAUCUUUGAUGAUAGGGAGGUACUCCGGCCUU